CUCCGUGUUCUUUAACGACGCCGCCCCAAGGUUUCUUGGUGAAGCCUUUGUCGGUUCCUUUCGUCCUCAACCUUUUGGUCUUCAGAUGCAUUCGUUAUAGUUUCUUUUCGUUGUGUUCGACCCCUCGAAGAUUUUUCAAUUCUAGCCGACCCCAUGCUCGUCAAGCGAAUCCGCGGUCGUCCAUAUUUUCCAGCACUUUGUUUCUUCUGCACCAUUCUGUUCUUCCUUUACCCGAGCGAAUUGCGCGAGCAAGUCUUGGACCUUACGCCCCUUAAAAGAGAUUAUCAUGGUCCGCGACACCCUUUGUACAAACCGCGGCGCAACGCGACAGCGCCCAUAGUCGACAAUUUCCCACUCGCGAGCGCCGCGAAGACGCGCUCGGACCUGCCGCCGAUCCCCUCGUGGAAUCUGCCUCCAGAUCCUCACGUGCCCGAGAAGACGCCCAUUCUGAUCGGGUUCACGCGCAACUGGUUGCUGCUGCAGCAGGCCGUUCUGUCGUACAUCACGGCGGGAUGGCCGCCGGAGGACAUCUACGUCGUGGAGAACACGGGCACCAUGAACUCAAACAAGCUGGGCAGACUUUCGCUGCAAAACCCGUUCUACCUUAACUACGACAGGCUCACCAAGGUCUUUGGGGUGAACGUCAUCUCGACCCCGACCUACCUCACCUUCUCUCAACUGCAAAACUUCUACCUCCACCUCGCAAUCGAGAACGAGUGGGACUACUAUUUCUGGGGCCACAUGGACGUCAUCGCCGUCUCGGAAGAGGACUACAAGGACCCCGCGACGGGCAAGUACGAAAGCUUGUACAUGCGAUCGGUUCAGGACCUGCGCAAGACGGUGAACGAGUACGGACGGCGGGGCCGCUGGGCAAUCAGGUUCUACGCCUACGAUCGCAUGGCGCUCGUGAACCGAUACGCCUUCGAGGAGGUUGGCGGCUGGGACACGCAGAUCCCGUACUACGGAAGCGACUGCGACAUGCACGAGAGGCUGUCCAUGGCCGGCUUCAAGCAGGAGGACGCGCGGAACGGGCUCGUGUACGACAUCGGCACGCCGCUUGACGACGUCUCGGUCCUGUUCAGGCGGACGGCGCCCUCGCCCGCGGACGCGCCCGAGGCCGGAAAGGACGAGAUGCGGCGGGACUUCAGCGUGCAGCGCUGGGGCCGCGAGGACACGCUGGCUUCGCCCGCGUGGAAGGCUCUGACGGACCGUCUCCACGGCAUGCAGCACGCGAAAAACCACGACGCCAGAGGCCGAAACACCUGGCAGAGCCGACAGACCGGCGGCCAGGGCGAGCCGUACUACAAGGAUCCCGACGGCUUCGAACAGGCGAUUCUCAUGACGAUCGAAUUCGGGAGAAACCUCAUGGCGGAAAAGUGGGGCCACCGAGGCUGCAACCUGCGUGCGGCCGGGCUUGGAAAGGGUGACGAGUGGCGAGUUCGACACGACUGGGAGAGUCGCUGGUGAUGGAUGCGAUCAUGUUUGUUUUUUACACGGCUGUAGCGCAACAAGCGGCGUUCGGUGUUCCUUUUUUUUUUGCAGUUCGGGGGACAUGGAUCGCCUUUUUGAUACCCAGCGCAUCGUUUACCACGGUAUAUAAAACGAAUCAUUGCAAUAGCUCAC